AUGCCGGGGUCGAGCUGCCCUCACGGAGCCGUCAGGGCCGGGGCGGAUCAGGGGACCGAGCUCUCCUGCUCACUGCUCCAGUACCUGAAGACGCUGGGCAUCAAAGUGAAACACAUGAAACACCACACGUGUGGCCUCGCCCACCCUGUGGCUUCUCCCUGCUUUGUUUUCGACCGCUUGAAGGUGUGCAGGAGGCUGGUGGAGAGGAGACCGUCGAGUGGCUUGGUGUUCGGUAACUCAUUGCACGCGCUGCCUCAGUACUCGCUGCCCGAUGGAAGUGGGAGCAUCCCGAGGUUCCUGAUGGAGGCCUGCAGCUUCCUCAGCCAGCACGUCCACACAGAGGGCAUCUUCCGCAAAUCCGGAUCGGCCCUCCGGAUGAAGAGUCUGAGGGGGACCAGUGUAGCUGGGACAUUGUUGGCCGGUGUGGGCAAGUUGGGCAGAAGGGCCUGUUUCCAUGCUGUAUCACUCUAUGUUAGCUAUAAGGAGUUGGACAAACUUGGAUUGUUUUUCUUGGCCUGUGGGAGGCUAUGGAAAAAUCUGGUGGCUGUGACUCAGUGUUCCUCUCCUCUCCUUUCUCCCCCCCAGGCUAAGCUGCAGCAGGGAGUUUGCUCCCUGGAGCUCUCGUCUGUGUCUGAUGUUGCCGGCCUGCUGAAGCAGUUCUUCCGGGAGUUGCCAGAGCCCAUUGUUCCAGCUGCACUCCACGGGCCCCUGUGCCAGGCCCAGCGCAUGUUGGCAGAUGAGGAGCGGAGUGCCGUAACCAUCCUGCUGACUUGCCUCAUACCCAGUGCCAGCGUGGGCACCCUGAGGUACCUCCUCUCCUUCCUGCAAACCGUGGCUGCCAGGUACGACACCCUGUCUCACUGCCGCACCUCAGCAAGGUCCUUCCUCAUGGCAGCGCGGUGGCUCAGCGGUAGAGUUGCUGCCUCGCAGAGAUCCAGGUUCGAUCCCGAAUACGGGUGCUGUCUGUACUGAGUUCUGAAGAAGGGUUUCAGCCCGAAAAGUUGCCUAUUUCCUUCGCUCCAUAGAUGCUGCCGCACCCGCUGAGUUUCUCCAACAAUUUUGUCUACCCUGAGUUUAUAUAUUCUCCCCAUGACCUGCGUGGGUUUUCACCAAGAUCUUCGGUUUCCUCUAACACUCAAUAGACCUACAGGUUUGUAGGUUAAUUGGCUUGGUAUAAAUGUAAAUUGUCCCAAGUGUGUGUAGGAUGGUGUAAUGUCCCUGUCCCACUUAGGAAACCUGAACUGAAACCUCUGGAGACUUUGCGCCCCACCCAAGGUUCCCGGAGGUUUUUGUCAGUCUCCCUCGUGCUCGAAAGUGGUUUCCGCUUCUUCUAUGUUCCGGCGAUUAUUUAAAAAA